GAAGCCGAGCUGCAGCCACGUCCCACGGUACCCUCGCUGAGGCAUCCCGGGCUUGGAGGUCUUCAGGGUUCCAGACAUGUCCGAGAUGAAGAGCCGGAAGAAGCCGGGGCCCAAGGGGGCUGCCGGCGAGCCCGAGAAGCAGAGCGACGGCAGGAAGAACCCCGAGGCGCGGGGAGGCGGGGGCUGGGCGGACCCCCGCACCGGGCUCAGCCUGCUGUCGCUGGCGACGUGCUUGGGCCUGGCCUGGCUUGUAUUUCAACAAUCAGAAAAAUUUUCGAAGCUGGAAAACCAAUACCAGUUGCUGCAAAUAGAAAGCAGAGAGUUUCAAGGACUACAGACUACAGUCAGUUUAAUUUCAGACAAGCUGGAGUCUACUGAAAGUAUCCUGCAGGAAGCUGCACCAUCCAUGUCUUUGAUGACCCAAUUUGAACAGGAAGUAUCUGGCCUCCAAAGAUCCAUACGUGGCAUUGAGGACAGUGAAGAGAUGCUCACUCAAAAGAUGCAAAGCCUUAAUGAGAAAUUCCAGACCAUUACAGAUUUCUGGGAGAGAACCCUGGCAGAAAUGAGCAACAAUACAGCCAUUUUCAAAUCAGAAGCAAAGCAUAUACAUUCUCAAGUUACCAUGAAAAUUAACUCAGUCGAGCAAGAAAUGAAACUGCUCACUGAACGGCUAAAAGAUUUGGAAGACAGCACACUACGAAACAUCAGAACAGUAAACAGGCAAGAAGAGGAGGAUCUUCUCCGAGUAGAGGCACAGCUCAACUCCGACACAAAAGCCGUUGAGAAGCUAGAAGAAGAGCAGCAUUCACUACUAGCCAGAGAUGAGGAUCUGACCAGUAAACUUGCCAACUAUGAACCCAAAGUUGAAGAGUGCAAGGCACAUUUGCCAGCUAUAGAAAAUGCGAUCCACUCUGUCCUCAGAGUCUCUCAGGACCUGAUGGGGACAGAAAAGAAAAUGGAAGACCUCACUGUGCAGAUGUUUAACAUGGAGGACGAUAUGCUAAGGGCAGUGUCUGAAAUAAUGGAGAUGCAGAAGACCCUUGAGGGGAUUCAGUACGACAACAGCAUACUAAAGAUGCAAAAUGAACUGCUGGUUCUCAAAGGAAAAGUUCACGAUUUCAUAGCAUAUUCAAGUUCAGGAGAAAAGGGGACUUUGGGAAAAUAUAACCUAGAAAAUAAGGGAGCCGAUGAUUAUUAAGCUUACUGUGUACCUUUCGAUGGAGAUCAAUCAGUUCUACAUUAAAGAAAUGGCUCUGCCUCACUUUCCCAGAGAAUAAGUGGAGUAUGGAGCACACAAUCACACUUUUACCCCUUUAAGAUGUAACACUUACAUUAACCAAUUUAAAUAGAAAUAAUUCUGCUGGGAGGUAGUAGUGCAAAUGCCUUUAAAUCCAGCACACAGAGGCAGCAGCAGGAGGAUCUCUGAGUUCAAGGUCAGCCUGGUCUUCAGAGGGAGUUCCAGGACAGCUAGGACUACACAGAGAAACCUUAUCUCAAAAAAGAAAAAGAAAAAAAAAGAAAGAAAGAAAAAGAAAAACAAGCAAAUAGUUCUAAAAUAUUAUUGCUCUACUUUUUAGGCAAUUAUUUAAUAUUUACAUGUCUUUCCAAUAACUAAUAGACAUUAUUAUGAAUUGUCUUUAUUAUACUAGAGAUGUGUGUGUAUCUAGAGACAUAGAUAUCUACAUAUAGAUAUCCAUAGCAAAUACUGAGACCACUUAACCAUUUCUCUAUGUGACCCUAGUUUUCUGUUUUUCAAAGCCGUGUCUGUUUCUCAUGCCUUUUCUGUCACCCGUUCUUUUUUUUUUUUUUUUUUUUUGGUUUUUCGAGACAGGGUUUCUCUGUGGUUUUGGAGCCUGUCCUGGAACUAGCUCUUGUAGACCAGGCUGGACUUGAACUCACAGAGAUUCGCCUGCCUCUGCCUCCCGAGUGCUGGGAUUAAAGGCGUGCGCCACCAACGCCCGGCAGGUCUGUCACCCAUUUUUGCAGUUGGUUGAUAGCAUGCCUGUCUCGGCAGCUUUUUUUAUGUUCGGACAGCCAGGUUCAUAGGGAUUUUAUGGAAAACGAAAGGUAACAUGCCGGCAGGAGAGCCUGGGGGCUCUUCCGUGAGGCAUCGCCACCUUCUGAAAACCAUGGCGCCUGGGAAGUGGUUUCCCUUUCACGAAGGUUCUAAACUGUGUUACAGCUACUCACAGGAGGUUUAAGAUGUGAGUAAAUAUGCUCUUACUCUGUCCUCAUUAAUAUUUUCUGUUAACCGGUUAUGCUUUGAGGUAUGAUCUUUCGGAGUCCUUUUUUGUACGUGGACUUUAAUUUCUAAAGUUUGAACUGUGUGACACUAGGGUUUACUAAAUAUAACUAGUAGAUACUUAAAGUAAAAAUAUGCCGAUAAGCCUAUGCCCGUUUUAAAGAUAAAACAACAUAACAAUAAACUGUGAUCAUUGUGAUGUAUUUAUGUCAUUAUUUUAAAGAUUCCCCAACUUAGUUUGUUUUACAUACCGCAAAUCCCAGCACUCGGGGGGCAGAGGCAAUGCAAGCAGAACUAUGAGUUCAAAGCCACCCUGUUCUGUAUCGUGAGACUAAUACUCAAAAUAAUAAUAAUAAUAAACGGUUAACAAGGCUAGGAGACAGCUUCGUAAGUGAAGUUCUUGCUGUGAAAGCUGAGGACUUUACCCAGCCCUGACAUGAAAACUGGGUCUAGAAGUGCCUGCCUGAAAUACCAGCACUGGAAGACAGAGGCAGAAUGCAAAUAGUACAUGAGAAAACUAUCAAAAUAUCUCUGUCUAUGUAUUCCUUUGCUAAGAAAUUUGCCAAGCUGGGCGGUGGUGGCACACACCUUUAAUCCCAGCACUCGGGAGGCAGAGGCAAGUGGAUCUCUGUGAGUUCGAGGCCAGCUGGGUCUACAGAGCAAGUUUCAGGACAGCCAAAACUACACAGAGAAACCGGCUAGAAAAAUCAAAAAAAAAGAAAUUUGCCUUGGGGCCGAAGAGAUACUCGGUGGUCAAGAGUACUGGUUGUUCUUGCAGAAUACCUGGCUUUGACUUCCAAUACCCGUAUGAUGGCUCACAACCAUCUGUAAACUCAGCUUAUAGGGUAGCGGGCACACUCUUUUGACUUUUGCAGACAGCAGGCAUGGCAUGUAUGUGGUGCACAGACACAUACACAUAUGCAAAACAUUCAUAUGCAUAAAAUAAAUGUUUUUAAUUUCGUAUUUAUCAUAGUUGUCAUUGGAGAGACCUAGAUACAUUUAAUGAAUCUUCCUUUGUUCUUUGGUGUGUGUUUUGGAGCUUGUAGCCCAGGUUAGUCUUAACUCACCAUCUUCCUGCUUUUGCAUCUCAAGUAACAGGGUCACAGGUAUAUGUAAUGGCACAGGCUUCCUUUUGUUGUACUUUAUGAAAAUUGCCAAUAUCGUAAUAUACAUUUUUAUAUCUCUGUAAUUGAUAAUAAAUAUUAUACC